AUGGACAGCCAGCAGCCGCAGCCAAAGCCGGCUCUCUACACGCAACUGUCUCAAUUGUCUUCGCUUCCCCUGCGCACCGCCAGCAGCACGCCCACGACAUCGCCGGGUCUCUUCAGCCCGGUUGCCAGGCACGCCCACCAUAUCCCGACCUCGUCCCUCUCCGAGAGCAACACGCCAGCUCCCCCGUUCGACAGCCCCUACUUGCACCCGCUGCAGACUCACCGAGUCAGAGAGACCCAUAAAGCUCUCAUCGACUCGGACACCGUCACCGGCCGCAAAUCAAUCAAUCAAUAUGAGGUUAUCGAAGAGAUUGGUCGUGGAAUGCACGGCAAGGUGAAGCUGGCCCGCAAUCUCACUACCAGUGAGAACGUUGCCAUCAAAAUUAUCCCGCGCUUUUCCAAGAAACGCCGUCUUGGUAAGCUCACGGCCCUGUCUCCCCAGGACAAGACCAAGAAGGAAAUCGCCAUCCUCAAGAAGAUCCGACACCCCAAUGUCGUCGCCCUCCUCGAAGUCAUUGACGAUCCCGAGCUCAAAAAGAUUUACAUGGUGUUGGAGCACGUGGAGCUGGGCGAGAUUGUAUGGCGUAAGAAGGGACUGCCCCAUGUCUGCUCGUAUGAACGGAAGCGAGCCGAGCGCGAAGUCAACGGAGAGGCGCCCAGUAAGGAAGAGCAGAUCUACGACCAGUAUCUCGAGCGACGCCAGGCCCUCAAAGAGAUCAAGCGAGCCAGGAUGGCCCAACACUACAGUGGUCCAAAUGAGUACUGGAGCGUUGAGCACGGUGCUGCCGACGACAUCAGCACCGGAAGCCCUUGGUCCCGUAUCUCCUCCAAGGAUGACUUUGCUGCCACUGAGGGCUCCAUGUCCCAGCCAAUCUCCCGCCGGUCCUCUCUGGCUCCAUCCCGCUCCUAUUCCAACUCUUCCUCGCCCGGCACUUCAGGCAUUCACCCCAGAGAAGAAGACGAAUGGCAGGAUGACCAUGUUACUCCCGGCCCCUCCCAACCAGCAAUGUCCACCAGCGCCCUGGAGGGAUCCGUGUUUGGGGGGUCCUAUGCAAACAAUGAGACCAUGAGCUUUCGCGAACGGUCCCCCAGCAUGGCCGACUCCAUCAUCUCCCACAUGUCCUCCAUCGACUACAAUCCUCGUGCAUACGACCCCUUUGCUGACGACUUUUCCUAUGUUCCUUGCUUCACUUUUGACCAGGCACGGUCUGCAUUCCGCGACACUGUGCUAGGCCUUGAAUAUUUGCACUACCAUGGCGUUGUCCACCGUGAUAUCAAACCUGCCAAUUUGCUGUGGAGCAAAGACCACCGCGUCAAGAUUUCCGACUUUGGUGUUUCCUAUUUCGGCCGACCUAAUCGUGACGGUGAACCUGAUGAUUUGGUAUCCGAGUCAGAAGCCCAGGACUUCGAUGAUGACCUGGAGCUUUCCAAGACCGUUGGCACCCCGGCCUUUUUUGCCCCGGAGCUUUGCUACACUGACCCAGACGAACCCCAGCCCAAGGUGUCUGAACAGAUCGAUAUAUGGUCCCUAGGCGUAACUCUCUACUGUCUCAUCUACGCGCGCAUCCCUUUCCUGGCAGAGGACGAAUUUCAAAUGUUCAGGAAGAUUGCAACCGAGGAAGUGUACAUUCCGCGCAGGAGACUGAUGCCCGUGGACCCCUCAACCUCCCCAGCAGUAACGUCUCUGUACAAGCGCCAGAACACGUACCCCUAUCGCGAUGACAACGACGUUCAAUACGAAGACGUGGACGGCCUUUUGUACGAUUUGUUGCGCAAGAUGCUCACCAAGAAUCCAGAAAAGCGAAUCCGCCUCAAGGACAUCAAGCGGCACCCAUGGGUUCUCCAAGGACUCUCCAACCCAAGACAGUGGCUGGAAGAGACGGACCCGGCCAAGCCAACCAGUGGUAGCAAGAUUCUCGUCAAUGAGAAGGAAGUUUCUUCUGCUGUCGUGCCUCUCACCUUUCUCGAACGUGCUCGAUCGGCCGUCAAGAAGACCAUCGCGAGAGUCGUGCAUCCAUUGGUCGACCGCAGCGAGAGUCGAACACGUAAAAGGGCUACGAGUAGUGUCGCGAGUUCUGGAGGCGACAGCUUGCCGCGGCCUGUUCCCGCCGCCGCGCCACCGCUUCCUGCUACGAUGCCUCCCACUCCUUACCUCGAUAGACGCCGCAGCAUUCACGUGGGCGACUUGCUUCCCCCUUUGGACAAGGACUUUUUGUCAAAUGUUGACCCGCGCUUUUCUGAUUCUGUGGCGGCGGCCAAUGUUGGCGGAGAACCUGCAGCAUACGAUCCCCUGGCUACUGUCUUGCGUGAAACACCAUCCGUUGUCACUCGAGGCCGCUCUCAUAGUGAGCUGGAUGAGGCGGCAACGUCGGAAUUUCGCCCUUCUGCUAGUCGCGCGAAUGGCCGCAACGGAGGCACCAUACGUGCUAGAAAUGGCCCGCAGUUCUUGCCUCUGACUCCUCACAUUGGUGGACCUCACACAGUCCCAGCGACUCCUUUGUAUGAGAGGCGUACUUCUUUCCAGCUCGAGUUGCCAAGCGCAAGAGCAGAGCUCAACGCUCUAGGCCAAAGCACUUUCCGCUCCCCUUCUGCAGACCGUAGUCUCUUUGCGAGCCACGACAAACGAGCUACGCCUCAAGUAGCCCUCAACACCUCUGUGGCCCCUGGAAACAUUCCGAACCUGCGAAGCACGCGAUCCAUGCGCUCUGUUGAUCUGGGGAGAAACAGAUAUAGCUACGGACUUUCAUCUUCCCCCUUAUCCUCGUCGCCUCAUGCCGUGCAUCCUUCUACAUACCAGCAACACAGACAUCUUCAAUCAGACCCAAACUUUCAUCACAACAGACCCCAGGAGCGCCCAACUACCGCUCACCGAGUGGCCAAUGGCAUUGACAUCAAGCCACCUUCGCGCCCCUCCAUCUUGAAAAGCCCCGGUCCCACCUAUUCUGCCUCGUAUGUGAGUGAAGACGGCUCAGUGGACAUGGGCUCGGAGAGCCAGUGGUCACGUAUUGCACAUCAAGAUUGGCAACCCGAUGCUCAGUCACGCCGAGGCACUAUAGAAAUCGCCAAGACAUCGAGCACGGAGUCCAUGGAUCAUCUUGGGACGCCGCUGACUAGCCCAAGCGAAACUGCUAGCCCCGUGGUUGCUUGCCCACAAGCGACGAAUGCACCCCAUCGAAUGCUCGCCUUUCAGUCUGAUCCAUCGCUACCUGCCCUUCUCAGCGGUGCCAGUUCUGUUUCAGCAGAUUUAGAAGGAGAGCUAUUGCUGAGACCAGGUACGGUAGGCCCGCAAGGCGCAUUUCUAGAUACCAAGGAUUCGCUCACUCCUCCCGCCCUGCCAAAGGAGCCGGUUAAUGGCUUUCCUCUUGACCAAGUCUUUGAUAACAAUACAUCCAUGGAAGGCGUUCCGCUGCGAGUGAGCACUGAUGACACGCGUCCACCGGCACCGACAAGCCAUCCUCACAAAGAGGAGGAAGAGGAUGAUGAUAGCGAUGAGGGACUUUUAGUGAUGGCCAAGCCUAAGAAGCGGCCACCAGUUACUACCAGACAUCGGCCCUUUGAGGCUAGGCGACGCGAUACAAACAUGAGCACGGCAAGUGAUGAGACUGCUAGGAGAGUCGACAUCUCUCCAAGAUCAUGA